AUGUGGAAGCUGCUCCCCGCCGCGGGCCCGGCCCGAGGUAAGGAACCAUUCAGACUUUUGACUGGUGUCGAAUACGUUGUUGGACGGAAAAACUGUGGCAUUCUAAUUGAAGGUGAUCAGUCAAUCAGUCGAAAUCAUGCUGUGUUAACUGCUAACUUUUCUGUAACCAACCUGAGUCAAACAGAUGAGACUCCUAUAUUGACAAUAAAAGAUAAUUCUAAGUAUGGUACCUUUGUUAAUGAGGAAAAAAUGCAGAAUGGCCUUUCCCAAGCUUUGAAGACAGGGGAUAGAGUUACUUUUGGAGUGUUUGAAAGUAAAUUCAGAGUAGAAUAUGAGCCUUUGGUUGCAUGCUCUUCUUGUUUAGAUGUUUCUGGGAAAACUGCUUUAAAUCAAGCUAUAUUGCAACUUGGAGGACUUACUGUGAACAAUUGGACAGAAGAAUGUACUCAUCUUGUCAUGAUAACAGUCAAAGUUACCAUUAAAACGAUAUGCGCACUCAUUUGUGGACGUCCGAUUGUAAAGCCAGAAUAUUUUACUGAAUUUCUUAAAGCAGUUAAGUCCAAUAAACAGCCUCCACAAAUUGAAAGCUUUUACCCACCUAUUGAUGAACCAGCUAUUGGAAAUAAAAACAUUGAUCUGUCAGGACGACAGGAAAGAAAGCAAAUCUUCAAAGGGAAAACGUUUGUAUUUCUAAAUGCCAGACAGCAUAAAAAGUUAAGUUCAGCAAUUGUUCUUGGAGGAGGAGAUGCUAGGUUGAUAACAGAAGAAAAUGAAGAAAAAGAUAGUUUCUUUUCAGUCCCUGGAAUUUGUGUUGUUGAUGUAGGAAUAACAAAUUCACAGACUCUGAUUCCUGACUCUCAGAAAAAAUGGAUUCACUCAAUUAUGGAUAAGCUCCAAAGGCAGGGGCUUAGACCUAUUCCUGAAGCAGAAAUUGGACUGGCGGUCAUUUUCAUGACUACAGAGAAUUACUGUGAUCCUCAAGGUCAGCCCAGUACAGCACUGAAGAUGACUCCAGGGCCAAGCCUUUCCCAAGGCUUAUCAGUCAAUGAAAAGCUAAUGCCAAGUGCCACCCUGAAUACCACAACAUAUGUAGCUGACACGGAAUCAGAGCAAGCAGAUACAUGGGAUUUUAGUGAAAAACCUAAAGAAAUCACAAUCUCCAGAGUGGAACAAAAAUUCAGAAUGCCUUCACAAGAGACAUCCACUGUGAAGGAAUCCCCCAAAAUAAGCUCUAAUGAUAAAAAUGCAGUAUCAGAUACUCUGGAAAGGAUGAAAAUCCCAACCUAUCAGCUUUCACCAAGUAAAUUCUCAGGUGUAAAUAAAAGUAGAGAUCAGCCUUCUCAGCAGCUGCAGACCAGCUCCAUCAAAAACUACUUUCAGCCUUCUACCAAAAAAAGGGAAAGAGAUGACGAAAAUCAAGAAAUUUCUUCACCCAAAUCAGCAAGAGUAGAAAUGUCUUGUUCUCUUUUAGAACAAACACAGCCUUCUACACCCUCAGUAUGGAAAAAUAAGGAGGAGCAUCUAUCUCAGAAUAAGCCUGUGGAAAAGAAACCAGAUAAUUUACUUACAGAUAGAGAUUUAAAAUCCACCGUGAAAAAUUUUGCCAGUAAAUCUCUUUCUACAGAAAAACUAAGAUCAGAAAAAAAAGAAAUUGUUGACUUAGCCGUAGAAGAUGAAGUAUUAGAUCAGUUAUUCAAGAACACAAAACCAGAGUUAGAAAUUGGAGUGAAAGUUCAAAAACAAGAGGAAGAUGUCAAUGUUAGAAAAAGGCCAAGAUUGGAUAUAGAAACAAAUGGCACUUUUAAUGAUGAAGCAAUAUCAGAAAGUAACAGAAUAUCUAUCAAAGAUGAACUUCAGGAGGAUGAUGAUAUGCUUCCAAGGAAGGUGUUACUAACUGAAUUUAGAUCACUGGUGGUUAGUAACUCUGCCUCCAGAAAUGCAUCCAGUGUAAAUAGUGAUUAUGGUCCACUAAAGAAUUUCAAGAAAUUCAAAAAGGUCACAUUUCUUGGAGCAGGAAAACUUCCACACAUCAUUGGAGGAUCAGAUCUAAUAGCUCAUCGUGCUCAGAAGAAUACAGAAUUAGAAGAAUGGUUAAGGCAGGAAAUGGAGGUGCAAAAUCAACAUGCGAAAGAAGAGUCUCUUGCUGAUGAUCUCUUCAGAUACAAUCCUAAUGUAAAAAGGAGACGAUAACUGAGGAUUUUAUAAAGGAGCCGCAGAAAAACAUUUCCUCUCAAGCAUUUACAUCAAGUUUCCUCUGGCAUACAUUCAUUAAGUAUAUAGAAGGGAUUUAAAUUACAAAGGUUUUAUGGCCUAAAUUUGUUGAAUAAAAUGCACAAACUCCA